UUGAGCUGUGGUCUGUUACUUUAAUGAGAGAUCAAACCCAAUAAUGUUAAUAAAAUUAGUGCCAAAAUCACAACAACGUAUUUUUCACCCUUUCAAACGCAUCAGACACACAUUACACCAUGUUGCUAAUCAAAUUCUGAUAAUCGCUUGUCGUGUUGUGUGUUGCAUCGGUUUGCUCAGACGAGAAGAUGAAACACUCUCAGCAAGCUGCAAAAAAGUUUAUUCUAAGUUGUUAAUGUGCGACAUUUAAGCGUGUUCCGAUGGCUGUCAAUGGAAACACAUUGCAAGUUUUCCUGUCGAGUUUAUUCAAAUUCCCUAUCAAAUGUUAAAUCUAAUCGAAAAAGAUUGUUUAGAAACAAACCAAAUAAAAAGGUCCAAUAAAAUAAAUAUUUAUGAUACAUAUAGGUAUUUACAAAAAUAAAUAAAUAGAAAAAUCUAUUUGAUCUCUUUCAUUGUGCGUUAUUGCUUAAACAACCAAAUAAAAAAACUUGACAAAAUUACAAAACGACAAAAUUAAACGAAAAUGUUCCUAAAAACCCAACGGAGACAUUCUUGUUAUCAUUAUAAGAAAAUGAUGUUCAUUUUAAUGUAGGCCAACAUCAAAAAACACGGAUUCGAGUUAAGUCCAUCUAAAACGUAAAUUUCAAAUGGUUCCCUACUAUUUUGCGCUCUUCAGUACGGAUAAGAACGAGAUAAGCAUCCUUGGUUUGAAGACUUUUAGAGGCCGUUAAAAGGAACAACCGAAAUUCCCCUUUGAAGGGAUUUAAUCCAUGUGAAAGCCCAGAGCUUUGGAGCACAGCUGUCAAUCAUCCGCCCUGGCACCUCCCACAGAUGCCGCACGGCCUAUAAAGAGAGCAAGCGAACCCAAGGGAGUGUCAUUUGAACACCAGAGCUCAGGGAGUAAGGAUGCCUGCUUCACCAACGGGGUUUGGAAACUUCUUCUUGGACAGAAACAUCAUGCCUGCUGGAUAUCAAUUAUUGGGUUGCCCACCAGGAAUGCAACAGCCAUCACCACAUAUGGUGGGCAUGGCUGGGAUGCCCUUACCUUUCUCAGGAAUACCGGGAUACAGUUUCAUCCCAUAUCCUCAUCCGGGACACAUGGCACACAUUAGCAAUGCUUACGACAUGAAAACUGCGUCAUCUUAUCACCAAGCUCUUCUCAGUCGAGGUGGACCCUAUUACGCUCCGUUUCGCCCCAUGCCAGCCGAUGACCCCAGCCGGGUCACCAAGGUGGCCACCCGGGAGAGCACCAGCGCACUGAAGGCCUGGCUCAGCGAGCACCUGAAAAACCCAUAUCCCACCAAAGGCGAGAAGAUCAUGCUUGCGAUCGUGACGAAAAUGAGCCUCACACAAGUUUCGACGUGGUUCGCUAAUGCCCGGCGCCGCCUUAAGAAAGAGAACCGGGUCAGUUGGGCAUCCAAAGGAAAGUCCGACGAGGAGGACGAGGAAGAUGACGGUGAGAGCGAAGAGGAGGGCUCUUUGAAAAAGUGCACGGAGGAUGAAGAUGAGAUCGAUCCUCAAACAGUCGAUGAGGAGGAUGUUGAAGUGUCAAAGUCGGCAGAGGACCGUUUAACAGAGGGACUAGAUCAGCAUCAGGAAAGUGUGAAGUCCGAAAGUCCGCGUGAAACCAAAAGCGAGGCGUGUAAGCAAGAUGCUGAUGUCCAAAAACCCAAAAUCUGGUCUCUUGCUGAGACGGCGACGUCAGACAUUAAGAAACCCAACGACAUGAAACAUCUCCAGAGCCAAAGUCCAGAUUUUGGGAAAUGGUGGGCGGGAUGGCCUUCAAGGGAAACGUACUCGCCCGUAAACCUCUCCACGCACGAUCUUCUCAAGCAGAAAUAACUCAAUCAAACUGUUAUUCUUGGACACUAUAGACUCACUGAAUCUUGCACUUUGAAAACUCCAAAACCUUGGAGACUUUAUUGUUGUGGAAGUUUGCCUACAAGAUGUAGUAUUCCAAUGCCUCCACUUUAAGAACCAAAGUUUUGUGUAAAUACUGUACAUUUUAUUUUGUCUAAAUUAUAAAUGCAUUUAACUGAUGU